GCCUUCGCAGCGGUAGGUGAGGCUUUGACGGAGUUCCGGGACGGCGACACUCUGGGAGGGCUCCAGGCACUCUACUACGGCCUUCGAAAUGCCUCGCAAGGGCUGUGGUCCACAGAUGAGGAUAAAGACGCGGCCUUGUCCUCCCUGGUGGCUGGCCUGGAUGGCAUCAUCGGUGGGUUAAGCGAGGACGUGCUGGACUACCAGCGCCGCCUUGCGGAGAGCAAGAGUUGCUGGAAGGUCUCUUUAGCACGCGAGCGAUAUCUCCCGAGCAUCUGCUCCGAAGGAUACGAGUACGACGGGGAGCGCCACUGCUGGCCGGAGGAAGAGGCGAAAUGCUGGGAGCCUCCAGCAGCCUGUGUGAUGCCCUUCAAGUACCGCGGGGUGACGUACAACAACUGCACAUCGAAGCACCACAACCGCCCCUGGUGCGCUCACCAUGCAGAGUAUCGCCGUGGCGAGUGGAGCAACUGCGAGGAGGUCCCCUGCGCAUCGCUUCUUUCCCUGGACCGCGCUGCCUGGCAGAAGAAGCCCAAGGGCACUGUCCCGGCACGCUGUGACACCACCGUGGCAGAGGAUGUUGAGAAGAACGGGGGAUGGUGCUACAAGGCUUGUCCCGAUGGCUACCAGGCCUUCGGCGCGCGCUGCUGGACGAACUGUGCCGACUCCGCCUUUCCGUUGGACAGUCCUUUCAUCUGCGGUGAGACCCAAGCCGUCUUGCAAUCCACGGUCGCCGAGAUGAUCACCGUGGCCCUGCGGUCUGCCCUGAGCCUAAGCACGGUGCUGGCGAGCAUGCAGGCGCUGGGAGUCAACGCGCAGAGCCUGUCGGGCACAAUCAAC